AUGCCUCCUCCACCCAUCAACAGGUUCCCCAGCGGACCUUCGCCCUACCAUCAGCAGUUUCCUACACACGGCCAGCACACGGCAAGCCAUCCUCCGCAGCUGACAGGAAACCCCGCCUACCUCAACCAGAACGCCCAAGUGAACCCCUUUUCAGCAAAUAGCAACCUAUUAGGCCUCGGCGGGGGACUAAAUGCUGGGGGUGGCGGCUUCAAUGUGGGGGGAGACUCGGGGCUGGCAAGCCAUGCUGCGAGGAUGGGAUUCCAGCACGGGGCCCAACUGCAGCAACAACAGCAGUCCCAACAACAACAACAUCAGCAGCAGCAGGCCCAGCAACAGACGGCCCAACACUCACAACAUGCCCAGCAUGCCCAGCACCAACAGCACAUGCAACACGCACCACAACAGGGUCACGGUGCCCUUGCCGACCAUGUCACGCGAUCGCAGAGCAAGAGCCGGAUACGAGAGGUGUGGAGGCACAACUUGCACGAGGAGAUGGCCAUACUGAGAGACUUGGUGGACAAGUAUCCGUACAUUGCUAUGGACACCGAGUUUCCCGGCGUUGUGUCGAGACCGAUGGGAGGUUUUAGGGGAAAGAGUGAUUACCAUUACCAAUGUCUCAGGACCAACGUCGACAUGUUGAAGGUCAUCCAGAUCGGCAUCGCCCUAUUCAACGAAGACGGCGAGCAACCCCCUGCGCGACCAAACUCGACUGAUGCUAUGGAUCUCGCAGGGAAAAGGGCGGCCAAUCAACAGGGGCCGUUUCCCUUCGCGUGGCAGUUCAACUUUAAAUUCUCUCUUAAGGAGGACAUGUUUAACCAGACCUCGAUCGAGUCUCUACAGCAAGCCGGUAUCGACUUCAGCCUACUUGAGCGGGAUGGCAUCGACCCCAAGGAAUUCGCCGCGCUGCUUAUCCCAUCCGGCUUAGUGUGUUUUGAAGACGUGCGCUGGAUCAGCUUCCACGGCGGCUACGACUUUGGGUAUCUUACAAAACUUUUGAUCUGUUCUCAGCUUCCUAACGACGAGGUUGAGUUUGAUCAGAUCAUGAAGCUUUACUUCCCUUCGACGUACGACGUUAAGCAUCUCAUGAAACACGCUAUCAAGCAGUACAACAGCGGUGCGCUGACCCCCAAUGACCCGGGUGCGGCCGAAAUCCUCCAAAAGUUCGAGCAGAAAUCAGGUCUUGAACACAUCGCCGACACUCUCAAGGUUAAGCGCGUGGGUAGUGCACAUCAGGCGGGCAGUGACAGCCUUAUCACUGGCAAGGUCUUCUUCGAGCUACGGAAGCGCAUCUUCAACGGAGAUAUUGGUGGCGAGCACGUCGGCAAGGUCUGGGGUCUCGGCAUCCCCGAUUUCUCCGUCGUUGCCAGCCUUCCCACUCUUAACACGGCAGCCGCGACUGCUAGCAAUAACAACACUAACAACACCAAUACCGAGAGCUCAGCGACUGGGCAGCAGGCAAACGGUGCGCAGAACGGAACGCCCAGCACGCCCAACGGUGCUCCAGUAAACCUCGCCGGCGCGCUCGCGGCUGCGGGUGCCAACGCGGCUCAAGCGGCCGUUGCUGCGCAAGCUGCUGCCGCCGCCUCGCACAACACCAACGGUGGUGCGGCGGCGCUGGGCAACCUCGGACCGAUGACGCCCGGCGGUGGAGGUGGCGUGUUCGGCCAGUUCGCGUUCGGCUCCAACAACAACACCAACAGCAACAGCAACCGAGGCUAG